GGGGCUUCCAGCUUCAGAAGCAGCCUGGCAGCAGCACCUUCUCCCACCAACAAGCUCCAGGGAGCAGGGGCGCCCUCCCGCUUCGUAAGUCUACGGGCCGUCGACGGCAGGAGCCUCCCGGGGAGGUGCCGCGUCCAGCCGGAAGUGCGGGCUGCGUGGCGGCCUCGCUGCAGCUCCUCCUCCUGGAGGUCGGCUGGGCACCGGGGACGCGCCGCCGCCGCCGCGAUGAAGCCGCCGUGCCGCGCUGCUGCCCUCGCCCCAGGAGCAGAGGUGCCCGGGUCUCCUGUCCCCCAGCAGGAGCCAAGAAAGGAGAAGGGAGCCCAGGCAUCCAACCCAGGUCCCCCCAGCUGGGCCAGGCGCCUCCUGGGCUUUGAAUGUUAUGAGCUGGCCAGCUGGCACCAGCUUGUCUGCUUGCUCAACAGGCCCGCUGACCCUGCAGCACUGGGGGUCUUCCGCUUCCUCUUUGGGCUGCUGAUGGCCUUGGACAUCCCCCAGGAGCGAGGCUUGAGCUACCUGGACCACAAAUACCUGGACGGGCUGCAGGUGUGCCGCUUCCCCCUCUUCAACUUCCUGGAGCCGCUUCCCCUCGACUGGAUGUACCUUGUCUACACGAUAAUGCUGCUGGGUGCUUUGGGUAUCAUGCUGGGCUGCUUUUAUCGACUCAGUUGCCUCCUCUUCCUGCUGCCCUACUGGUAUAUCUUCUUCCUGGACAAAACCACCUGGAACAACCACUCCUACCUGUAUGGCCUCCUGGGUUUCCAGCUGCUGUUCAUGAAUGCAAAUCGCUAUUGGUCAAUUGAUGGCCUCUGGCACCCACAGAAGAGAAAUGCUCAUGUCCCUUUGUGGAACUACACCGUUCUUCGCAUGCAGAUCUUCAUAGUUUAUUUUAUUGCGGGCAUCAAGAAGCUGGACGCCGACUGGGUGGAAGGCUACUCCAUGGGCUCCCUUGCGAGGCAUUGGCUCUUCAGCCCCUUCAGGUUGUUGCUUUCAGAGGAGUUGACCAGUUUAUUGGUGGUGCAUGGUGGAGGCCUUGUGCUGGACCUCACUGCUGGCUUUCUGCUCUUCCUGGAUACUACCCGCCCUGUAGCCCUAUUCUUUGUCUCCUACUUCCAUUGCAUGAAUUCCCAACUUUUCAGCAUUGGCAUGUUCUCCUACACCAUGCUGGCCACCAGCCCACUCUUCUGCUACCCAGACUGGCCACGCCGACUGAUUGCCAGGCUCCCUGUCUGCUCCCAAAAGUUCCUGCCCCUUACAAAGCCUCCCCAGCACAGCCUGGAAUGUGUUUAUCCAGAAACAGAGCAACAAAGACCGAGGGGAGCAGCUCGGAAAUUGGGGCUGCGGCAGAAGCUGGGCACCAUCUUUACAGUUCUGUAUAUCUUGGAGCAGUUCUUCCUACCUUACUCACACUUCAUUACCCAGGGCUACAACAACUGGACAAAUGGGCUCUACGGCUACUCAUGGGACAUGAUGGUCCACUCACGUUCCCACCAGCACGUGAAGAUUACUUACCGUGACAGUCGCACUGGGGAGAUUGGCUAUCUGAACCCUGGGGUCUUCACACAGAGCCGGCGCUGGAAGGACCAUGCAGACAUGCUAAAGCAGUACGCCGCUUGUCUCAGCCACUUGUUGCGUAAUUACAAUGUUUCAGAACCAGAGAUCUACUUUGACGUUUGGGUCUCCAUCAACGAUCGUUUCCAGCAAAGACUCUUUGAUCCAAACAUGGACAUUGUACAGGCUCAUUGGUCCCCCUUCCAGAAGACGCCAUGGCUGAAGCCUCUCCUGAUUGACUUGUCACCCUGGCGGACAAAACUGAUGGAGAUUGAAAACUCACUGGACAAUCAGACCGAGGUUGUCUUCAUUGCAGAUUUUCCAGGGCUGCACCUGGAGAACUUUGUAAGCGAGGACCUUGGCAACACCAGUCUCCAUUUGCUGAAAGGGGAAGUCACAGUGGAGGUUGUCAGUGUGCAGAAGAACCAUACGCUGCAGGAGGGAGACAAGAUCCAGCUGCCAGCCGGGGAGUACCACAAAGUCUUUACGACCUCUCAGGAGCCCUCCUGCUACAUGUAUCUCUAUGUCAACACAACAGAAGCAGCGCUUGAGCAGAACUUCACUCGGCUUCAGGAGCUGCAGGAGAAAGUUCAGAACGGGACCGAGACAGAGCCUCUCCCCCCAGAGUUGCAGCCCAUCUUGGAUGGGUCUCUGGAAAACGUGACCCAGCCAGACCCGGUCAUUGAGGCUUUCCUCCACCGCCGCUGGCGCAUGGAGGAGCUGCAGAGGAGGCGCAACGCCACCCUGGCCGAGCGGUUCCAGCGGUUCCUGAGCAAGAAGUACUUUGUUUUCCGCAGGAGCCUUCUGAUGACCUGUAUCUCCCUGCGGAACCUGGCGCUGGGCCGCCCCCCCCUCGCUCAGCUGGCCCAGGAGGUGGCCUAUGCCAACAUGCAGCAGGCUGGCCAACAGGAGGUGGCACCCCGUGGGCCAGAGCGCUCGGACCUCUGAGGGAUAUUGCUACCUCCACCACCACUAGCAAGAAGGCCUUAUUGUGGCCCAAAUCCAGAGGGAUGUAGCCAGCACCUAAGGAGCCGCUCCCUGUGGUAGGGCAGGCAUCGACACAGCCAACCACCUCAGCGGGAGGCAGAGCCCACUCCUCUUCCGGGUUCCCUCUUUCCAGGAGGGGGGAGUGGGCCCUGAGCCACCAUGGUCUUCUCCUGCCCACAGGGCCUUGCCCAUGCAGAAAUGCUGGAGGGAGGGGGAGAGAGUGCAGAUUCCUUGGGCUCAGCUGGCCAGCACAGUUGUGUUCUGAUGGCAGGAAGGCUUGGGCAGACAGUGGCUGGGAGGAGAUCAGAGACCCCCACUCUUUGAAACAGUGGCUUCGGUGGAUAUUCCAUGGCCUCUCGAUCCCGGUCUUGGUCCCACUGUGCAGCUGAAAGAAAGGAUUAGGGCAGAGGGGCUGCUUUUUAGAUUACUCUGGCUGUUUUUUUAUUAGGACAAAUUUAAUAAGUCAACAAGGUUUCAGUUCUUUGUUGCAGUGUGGUUAGUUAAGCAGCUUGUGGGUGGGAGAGAAAGGAAUGUAUGAAUCCAGCCAGGGACAAAAAAAGCAGCCUUGGCUGGUCAGGUCCUAAUAGCUGCUCUGCUCCUCGGUGGAAUUUAGAAUUUCCUUUCUUUGCUUUUUGAGAUUUCUGUUUGGCUGCAGAUGCUGAGCCAAGGAUCUUUUCUAAGGUCAUGAGACAUCUCUCUCAGUCUUGGUCCCUAUCCCAUAAUACUCCAUAAUUGAGAUCAGGCCUAGCAACACCUGCUCGUAGGUAUCCCCAACUUCUUUAAGACCUUUACAAGGAAAAGGGCUGGCUACAUCCCGUGUGAUUAAGACAAGAAGGGUCUCAUUUUUUUAAUUAAAAAUUAUAUUACACAAAAA